AUGGAUUUCCCAAAGCUGUUAAACAAGCCAUCCUUAGAUCUACUUAAAAAUGACUUUCCCCAUGCCAAUAAAUUUGAAUUAGAACACACCAGCGUUUCAAAGCAACCGCUCCUGAAGAGUGGAUUUACAUUUUCCAAUAACACGUAUAGUGUGUACACAAAUUUCAAAAACAACAUUUACAACACGAAAAAUGAAUUAAAAUUUGAUAACACAGGGAUAAGUCUACUCGAUGUCAAGUAUCAGCCAAAUUAUGUGAAAAACCUAAACCUAUGUGGAAAAUACACAAAAAAUAAUUUAAAAGGAGAUGACUCAUUCGAAGUAUACAGUGAGUAUACUUCAGACAACAUGAACAUAUUUUCUUCUGUUAAUGUAAGGAAUUUUUUUUUUAAGUAUGUUCACGUUGGUUCACAUCCGAAGUAUCCAGAGUUCAAGUUUGGAGGUCUCGUGCAAGGGAAUUUAGACAUAAAAAAUCUUCAGUACUCAUUCGGAGGGGCAUACACGAAUAAUAAACACGACAAUCAAUACAUCUUUUCUAUCAGAUCUAUCCCAAGCAACAAACACGUGUACGGAAGUGUAGCUGUGAAUUUAUUUUUUCAAAACAAAAACAUAAAUGAUAAUUCUGUAAGUAUAGAACUUAUCCAAAACAUCAUUGAAAGGAAAGCAAAUAUAAACGUAGCGUCCAUUUGGUACUUAAACAAUAAGAGUACAGCAAUCAAGACAAAAAUCAGUAAUGAUACAAAGGUUGCAUUGUCUCUAACGCAUAAGUAUAAUGAAUUUGUUACUGUCUCAGUGGGUUCGCAGGUCGAUGUUACAAAAAUGUCUCUUCCAGAUAGUACCAAAUUUGGAGUAAAGUUAUAUUUAAAAUCUUAA